GGCUAGGUUAUCCGAAAUAAUGACCUCUUGGACGAAGCAUCGAUAACAUCAUUGAAUCAUUUUAAUUAUUAUUUAUCUUCAGUUCGCCUAGUGAGUUCCGAUAUUUGCGAACAGUGUAAGUUGUCUAAGACAAUGAAGUCAGGUACUAAGUACCUGAUAUUAUUCUUUGUAGUUGUGGUGCAGUUUGGACAGAACGAAUGUUGGAGAAGCAGUAAGCCUUCUUCACCAUCAAGAAGGCCCACUUCAUCGCCAUAUCGCCCAUUUCCAACACAUGCACCCACUUACAGACCUGCACCGACAUACAGACCAGCACCUACACGAGCGCCAACAUACAGACCCUUCCCCACCCAUGCACCAACAUACAGACCGUUCCCAACUCAUGCACCAACACACAGACCUACUCCAGCACCUACCUACAGACCGUAUCCCACCCAGGCACCUACAUACAGACCUUUUCCCACUCAUGCACCCACAUACCGACCAUUCCCCACCCAUGCCCCAACAUACAGACCAUUCCCGACCCAUGCACCGACAUACAGACCCUUUCCAACACAUGCACCCACUUAUAGACCUUCUCCAACGAGGUAUCCUACUCAGAGGUAUCCGACAGGACCACAUCCAUCAUACCCAGGAUUCACUAAUGCUGGGAUAAAUACACCAAAGCACUACCAACCUUCGUACAGCGUUCCCGUUCGUGUACCAUCUCCUGGGGGAACGAAAAUAAAAGUCUACAACGUUCAUAAUUAUCAUCCCCCAAGUUACUGGGCGCCACCUAGUUAUCCAGUCUACCACUACACCAACAGAGAUACUGGCAAUUCUGCUCUAGGUUUUUAUCUAGGAUAUAGUCUUGGAAGGAUAUCUCAUCCAACUUACUACCACCAAGAUUACAGGUUUUACGACGGGUAUAGUCCAAGAUAUGACCAUUACACUGUUCAUCAUUAUUAUCACAAUAGCGAGAGUAUCCCAAGACAGCAAACAGUGACAACGAAAGUUAUAAUACAGUGUGGAGAUGGUUCCCAAAUAUGCCCGGCCAACACAACCGCUCUGUGCACAGCCAACGGUCAAAUUAUGUGUGUCGUUAUUUCAUCAAACACGGUGCCUUGCCAGGACAAUCCUAACAUGAGAUGUGUGAAGAGCACGAUACCAUGCGAAAACAAUGAAGCUCCAGAAUGUAAGGGAGUUGCAAAGGGACAAACUACAACAGUUAACAUACCUUGCAUAUCGAACACAACGAUAGAAGGAAAUAUUACAACAGUUAAUAACACAAUAGUGUCCAAUGAUCCCAAACAUACGAACGUCACUUUGAAAUCAUUGGCUCCUACUACGACACCAUCGUCGAUUGUAACAACCACAAUCGUCCCAAACCUUGGAUCUAGAAGAAAGCGAGAUGUAGCACCACCACAGUUCUGCGUAACUGUCGUGGCAGAACCAAGCAAGAGAGCACCAACGGAAGGAGAGAAAGUUUUCAAGGAGAUCACCAGUGUUUUCGAUAAAUUUUUCACGAAGGCUUUCGGAAUGGAUAAACCAGUGGAAAAGCCACCUCCAGUGACAGUGAAAGAUGAUAAUUACAUUCCAAAGUUCGGAGAUUGAGACUUUCCUAUAUAAGAUCGACCUUCCAGCGUUGAUUCUCAUGUUUAUUAAUUCUCGUGAUGUUUUAUCGCAAAUCCAAAUUACCAGAAAUAUUUGAGAAAUAUAUGGUUAUCAUGAAUUGAUUCCGAUGAAUUAUAUAUGUAUGUGAUAAACUCAUACAAUUUCGUAUGAAUUCAACUGAAUAAAUUCAUUUCGAAAAGUA